GCGCAGAAGAGCCCCAAGCUUUGGCUCGCAGCAUUGGUGGCCAGCUCGGUGGCUGCCAUCUCGUACAAGAUCUACAACUCCUACACCCAAGCCAGCGAGGAAGAGCCUCGUGGCAGCUACAAGCUCUCCAAGCAGUCGGUCAACAAGUCGAUCGUGUUGACGCUCUCGUCGUCGGUGAUCAACUCGAAGUUGCCCUUGAACGACAUCCUAGUCAACUCGCAGAACGUGGUGUUCAUUCUCCCGCCCAACCUCUCGGAGGAGGACUUGAACAACGAGCUCAACACCGAGUUCGUCAACAGAGACAACAACUACAAGUUGCUCAAGUGCCUGAACUUGCAGGGAUACGUGCAGAUGUUGAAGAACCUCCAGCCAGACCUCCUUCUUAUCUGUGCCGACGACUUGGGGUUGUCGACCAUGAAGCUCACGCAGGACUUGAGUCGGUUCAUCAAGCAGAUCGUCAACAUCGACCAGACCAACGACGACAUCUGUGCGAAG